CACAUAUCCAAUAAUAAAUCUUGAUUAUAAAUGUUGUAUAGUUCUCCCAACCCUAUCAAAAUUCUAUAAAUGCUCCCACUUUCUCUUUAUGUAUUGCUCCAUUAUCACUUCUCCUCUCCACUCUAUAAUCUCUUGUGGUCCAUUUUUGUGCUACACAAAUUUCCCUCUUCUUGAAACAUUAACAUUGGCCAUGGCUAGAUUAUUUGUUGUUUUCAUCUUGGUCCUCAUUGCAAUUUCCAUGCUUCAAAUAGUGGUUAUGGCAUCUCAUGGACAUGGAGGCCACCACUACAAUGACAAGAGAAAAUAUGGACCUGGAAGUCUUAAGAGUUAUCAAUGCCCAUCUCAAUGUUCAAGGAGGUGCAAAAGGACCCAAUACCACAAGCCAUGCAUGUUCUUUUGUCAAAAGUGCUGUAACAAAUGCUUGUGUGUUCCCCCGGGGUAUUAUGGGAAUAAAGCUAUAUGCCCUUGUUACAACAAUUGGAAGACUCAACAAGGAGGACCAAAAUGCCCUUAAGCUUGUUCUUCAUCAACAUUAAUAAUAGCUUCCCUUUCUUAUAAUAGUACGAUGAUUUUGAUUCAUCAUGUGUUCUUUUUUUUUUUUUUUAUUAACUAAAUUACAUGGUCUAUAUAAUACCUUGUUGAAAUGGGGGUGAUCUUUUAGAGAGUAUGAAGG